AUGGCUGUUGUUACUCCUAUGGAGAUUCGUACCUUCUCCGACUUGGUAAACAAGGCUAGAGUAGUGAAAGAAUAUGCGAAAAUGGUAGCUUCGUCCAAGGACACUCAUGGAGGGAACACUAGUAAGGGAUGUGGAAAGUAUUUCCAUCUGAGGGGUCAAAUUUUCAAGAGAAGAGGAUAUGUGCCUCAAGGACAAGGAGGCUUCAGAAAGAACAUUCAUGAUCAGUUUCAGCGUGGCAAAGGAAGAGGAAAUCAGAGUAAGAAUUCUCCGGAUUUGACUUGUGUGCAUUGUGGACGAUUUCAUCCUUAUGACUCUUGCAAGAUUGGUUUAGCUGGUUGCUUCAACUGUUGGUUGCCUGGUCAUAUGGCGAGGGAUUGUACUCGGGGGAAGAACCCGAAUGCGGGUCAGAGUCAGCACCAAGGGCGAGUUUUUGUUGUGAACGCCAAGGAUGCUUCUAAGGCGGAUCCGUUGAUGAGAGUUGAGGAAUUAGGGUUGAACACGUCAGAGUUAGCAUUUGAUUUGCAUGUACAUACCCCACAUCAGACGAUUAUGACUAGGUCAGGUUGUAGGCAAGUAGGAUUCAAACUUGAUGGUAGGGACUUUGUGCAUGAUUUGAUCUGUUUACCAAUGGUUGGAUUGGAGAUGAUUUUGGGGUUUGAUUGUUUAUCGAAGAAUCGGAUUUUGUUGGAUUAUUUUGAGCGGUCGAUUCAGUUUAUGCCGGAAGGAGAAAAUGGAGCAGUGGUAGCUGAGGGUUAUUACCUGAACUCUGUAAUGGUGCAUUGUAGUGGGGAAGAGUACCAGAACUUAUAUCAGAUUCCGGUAGUUAGAGAUUUUCCAGAAGUGUUCCCGGAGGAUAUUCUCGAAUUCCCACCUCAAUGGGAAAUUGAGUUUGCGAUUGAAUUGGUGCCGAGAGGCGGAUCAGUGUCGAUUGUGCCAUAUAGGAUGGCUCUGAUAGAGCUGGCUGAAUUAAAGACACAGUUGGAAGAGCUUCUGAAGAAGAGGUUCAUUUGA